UUUUUAUGAUUAUAUUGGUAAUAAUCCAGCAAAAGGGGGAUUAUUCCGAGCGGGUUCAAUGGACAAUGGGGAUGGAAUAGCUGUUGGAUGGUUAGGACACCCCGUCUUUAGAAAUAAAGAAGGGCGUGAACUUUUUGUACGCCGUAUGCCUACUUUUUUUGAAACAUUUCCGGUUGUUUUGGUAGACGGAGACGGAAUUGUUAGAGCCGACGUCCCGUUUAGAAGGGCAGAAUCUAAAUAUAGUGUCGAACAAGUAGGUGUAACUGUUGAGUUUUAUGGUGGUGAACUCAAUGGAGUAAGUUAUAGUGAUCCCGCAACUGUGAAAAAAUAUGCUAGACGGGCUCAAUUGGGUGAGAUUUUUGAAUUAGAUCGUGCUACUUUGAAAUCCGAUGGUGUUUUUCGUAGCAGUCCAAGAGGUUGGUUUACUUUUGGGCAUGCUUCGUUUGCUCUACUUUUCUUCUUUGGACACAUUUGGCAUGGUUCUAGAACCCUCUUCAGAGAUGUUUUUGCUGGUAUUGAUCCAGAUUUGGAUGCUCAGGUGGAAUUUGGGGCAUUCCAAAAACUUGGAGAUCCAACUACAAAAAGACAAGCAGUCUGAUGCAACAUUGCUUUUUUCUUUUAGUUUCUGUUUGCGAUUUUUUUGAUUUCAUUUUAUUUAAUAGGUAGGGUACUGUAGGAAUCUUGAUUUAAAUCGCUGCCGUUUCUUUGACUCUUUUUUGUUCUUUAUCCGGAGGUAUACUCCUUCAGUAAACAUAAACAAAACAGGUAUGAAAGCUAUAAUUGUAAACCACGAUCAAAUUUAUGGAAGCAUUGGUUUAUACAUUUCUCUUAGUAUCGACUUUAGGGAUCAUUUUUUUCGCUAUUUUUUUUCGGGAACCGCCUACAAUUUCAACUAAAAAAUGAAAUAAUUUUGCAUUCUCUUCAUUGACGUAAUCAGCCUCCAAAUAGUUGGAGGCUGAUUACGCCAACUAGUCCCCGUGUUCCUCGAAUGGAUCUCUUAGUUGUUGAGAGGGUUGCCCAAAGGCAGUAUAUAGAGCAUACCCAGUAAAACUUACAAGUAACCCAGAUAUAAAGAUGGCGACUAGAGUUGCUGUUUCCAUUAUUAUAUAAUUGAAAGACCACAAUGGAUCUAUGCUAAGAUCGUUUAUUUACAACGGAAUGGUAUACAAAGUCAACAGAUCGUAAUGAAUACAAAAUAAGAUUUAUGGCUACACAAACUGUUGAAGAUAGUUCUAGAUCUGGUCCAAGAAGCACUACUGUAGGGAAGUUAUUGAAACCGUUGAAUUCUGAAUAUGGUAAAGUAGCUCCUGGAUGGGGAACGACCCCUUUGAUGGGUGUUGCAAUGGCACUAUUUGCGGUAUUCCUAUCUAUUAUUUUGGAGAUUUAUAAUUCCUCUGUUCUACUGGAUGGAAUUUCAAUGAAUUAGACUGAGAAGAAUCUUGAAGUGCUAGCUUUUUGUUCGAUACAAAAAAGUAAAGUAUGUAGGUCUAAAAUUUUGCACCUAUUCUCCUUUGGUAGUUCGACCGCGAAAUUUUUUUCUGCAUUGUAUAUUUCCGGAAUAUGAGUAAAGUUUAUGAUUGGUUCGAAGAACGUCUUGAGAUUCAAGCGAUUGCAGACGAUAUAACUAGUAAAUAUGUUCCUCCGCAUGUCAACAUAUUUUAUUGUCUAGGAGGAAUUACCCUUACUUGUUUUUUAGUACAAGUAGCUACGGGAUUUGCUAUGACUUUUUAUUACCGUCCAACUGUUACUGAGGCUUUUGCUUCUGUUCAAUAUAUAAUGACUGAAGCUAACUUUGGUUGGUUAAUCCGAUCAGUUCAUCGAUGGUCGGCAAGUAUGAUGGUCCUAAUGAUGAUCCUGCACGUAUUUCGUGUAUACCUCACCGGUGGUUUUAAAAAACCUCGCGAAUUAACUUGGGUUACUGGUGUGGUUCUGGGUGUAUUGACCGCAUCUUUUGGUGUAACAGGUUAUUCUUUACCUUGGGAUCAAAUUGGCUAUUGGGCAGUCAAAAUUGUAACAGGUGUACCUGACGCUAUUCCGGUAAUAGGAUCGCCUCUUGUAGAAUUAUUACGCGGAAGUGCUAGUGUUGGACAAUCCACUUUGACUCGUUUUUAUAGUUUACACACUUUUGUAUUACCUCUUCUUACGGCUGUAUUUAUGUUAAUGCAUUUCUUAAUGAUACGUAAGCAAGGUAUUUCUGGUCCCUUAUAAAUAAUAUAGAUUCUAGAUAUUUUUAAUUACUAAUUUAUCUUAUUACUUGGUGAAGGAACAAUCGUAUUUUAUUGCUAUAAAUAUGGAUUAUUAAAAAAAUAAGACAUGUAUUUGGAUAUUUCCCUUCAACUCCACAAUAUUGUAUUAUUUUUUUGACAUAAAAAGUUGAAGGGAAUUCUAUGAAGAGAAAAUGGAUUAUGGGAGU